AUAGAUCAUAGUACGCAUGAGAGUUUUGUGGUAGUAGUAGAUAUCUCAUGAUUGAAUGGUGUAAUAUUUAUCUUGUAGACUGAGUGAGAUGAACAUCUGCAGUUUACCAACAGAAAUCCAAGAGAAAAUUUUAAGUUUCCUUGAUGGCCAGUCUUUAGCUAGAGUUCAGCAGGUUUGUCGUCUUUGGUACAAUCUUGUUCAGAAUCUUUCAGAGGUAGGGGAAAUUUGGAAGAACUGUUGUUUACGAGAAAUUGCCAUUGAUGUUUUAAGAGAAUUAGUAGGCUGUAAAGAAGUUACUCUGACAGCUAAGUGUGACACUAGCACAUGCUUUCCUGUCAUUGAAGAAUCUUUGAAUAUUAACUGGAAAUCAUCUUAUCAGCGUUGGUUCAUAGGUGGUGUCAUAUGUCACUGGCCAUACUGGGUCAAAUCCUUUCCAGAUUUUGACAGCAUUCCUAUAACUUGUGUGAAAUUUGCAGGUAGCUGGAUAAUUACUGGACAUCGCAAUGGGAAAGUUUGUGCUUGGAAUUCUUUAUCGGGAGAGUUGGAAAACAUAAUUACUAAUCAUCUAGCCCUUGUGACUGAUAUCGAACUUGUAGAUAUGUUAAAUAGAGGUAAGGAAACAUUGUAUGAUGAAAACACUUUGCAAUUAAGUUCCAGCUGUAGCUGGAUAAUUACUGGACAUCGCAAUGGGAAAGUUUGUGCUUGGAAUUCUUUAUCGGGAGAGUUGGAAAACAUAAUUACUAAUCAUCUAGCCCUUGUGACUGAUAUCGAACUUGUAGAUAUGUUAAAUAGAGGUAAGGAAACAUUGUAUGAUGAAAACACUUUGCAAUUAAGUUCCAGCUGA